UAUAAAAGCUGCUUAACUUCUGAAGAGAAUUAUAACUGCCCAGAUAGUGUCACCUUUGAGAUAAUCGAGUGCCACUCAGUCUCACUGCAGUUUAACAGAGGAACAAAGUUGCUAAAAAAAAUCUAAAGGCAUGUUUUUAUGUAAGUGCAGAUACAAAAGUGGAUCAAAAGUGACUCAUUACCGUUAUUAAUCAGAACAUGCUCUAACGUGAACUGGACAGCUUCCCUUACAUUUUGUGUUUUGAAAUAACACUGAUAUAAAUGUUAAGGCCAAAGUGACUUAAUAUCGACAAUUGUAUGUCUUUGGUACUGAUAAUAAAACAAUCAUUACUAAGCAAAUAUUAAAGGGAUGGAAAUAUUUCAAAGUUCAACAGUUCAGUCUUAAUAUGUAACUGCUGCAAACCUGACACACCCCUUAGCCCUGAAGCAGAAGAUCAGCAGUCGGUAAAAGGCUCAGUGUUGAAACAAACCCUAAUUGGUGAAAUGCCAAAGAAAUUGGAGUAAGGCAAGAAAAGAAAGUAAUAUAAGAAAGUUAUGUGAUUUUUUGCCUGGGAAAGCAACAUUGACAUGGAAAACUCAGUGUCCUUUGCAUGUUAUUCAAGCGAUUUGAAUACAAAUGAAGGCAGAUCUGAAACUUUUACACAAAAGACUUCUGAGAUAGAGGACCCCACCGGAGAUUGCGUGGAGAGAAGUGGCAGCUUUAAUUCACUUCAGAACAGCACAAUGGAUAUCAAACGCCACACUGAGGCCAAUGGAGGCUACAGUAUACAAGAUGACAAGUGUGACCCUCUGCAAUCCCCGGGAGAUGAGAAGACCUCUUCGAAGGGUUUCAUCAGUGAUGUAGAUGACAGGUCCUUCUCUGAACCAUUUAGUGAGAGUGGCAUGACGCAGAAUCGGUGGGACAUGAGCAAUGCUACCUCUGAAUCAGAAGAGGAUGGGGAGGCAAGUAGCAUAUCUGAGACUCAUAAGUUUUUUAAUCAGCAGUCUGAGAAAUUGUUAUAUGGAAAAAGGGAAGUAGAUGGCAGUGCUCAGCAAGAGGCCAUGAAUGUCCAUUUAGCCACCCCCGUACCCCAGGCAGAACCUGACCUAGUGAUUGAAGUGGCUGGUGGACAGAGGAUUAAAGCUCAUAAGGCAGUUUUAGCUGAAAAAAGUGACUACUUCAGGGCACGAUCAUCCAGAGACAUCCUAAAAAUAAAGGGUGUGAGCUACCAGACUCUGCGACUGUUGGUCGACUACAUUUAUAGUUCUCAGCUUGUAGUAAAGCUGGAUAAUGUGGUGGAAGUAAUUAGUGGUGCAAAGUUCCUACAAAUACCCUGUGCUGUGCAAUGUGCUAUGGAUAGCAUGCGGUCACAGAUAUCACAGAAAAACUGCUAUCAGGUUCUUUCUAUUGCUAAGAAACAGAGGCUGAAUGAGCUUAAGGAGGCAGCAUACAAGUUUAUGAGUGACCACUUCCUCCUGGUCCUGAAGGACCCAGCAGUCUAUGGGAAGCUUACAGGAGCAGAAAGGGAUCUCAUUUUGCAGAGGAGGAUGGAAGGAAAACAAUACUUGGUGGUGGCAGAAAUAAAUGAUGCUUUUGAGCGUCUGAGCAGUAGUAGUAGACCCCAAAGCAGGGAAAGUAGCAGACCACAGAGCCCUUCUUCAAUGGUUUCCUUGGAGGAGGAUGGGUCAAGUUAUCAGGUACACUGUUACAGUGAAUCGAACAGGUGUUGGAGAUCCCUCACCAGACUGCCAGAGGAAGCGAACACUAAGGGGUGUGGGGCAUGUGUGCUCUAUAAUUACUUGUUUAUUGCUGGUGGUAUUAAAGGUCACGGUGAUAAAGCCAAGUUGUCUGACCAAGUCUUCUGCUACAACCCUUUAACUGACUCUUGGGACAAAGUUCGACCUUUGUCACAACCUCGUUCCCAACUCAAGCUUUUGGCCCUUGAUGGGUACUUGUAUGCUAUUGGAGGAGAGUGCCUUUUUACAGUGGAAAAGUAUGAUCCCCGUAUGGACCGCUGGAGUCCAGUGGCUCCAUUACCAAAGGGUGCGUUUGCAGUAGCGCAUGAAGCCACCACCUGUAAUGGAGAGAUCUAUGUAUCUGGGGGAACACUCUUCUAUCGGCUACUCAAAUAUGAUCCAAAGAGAGAUGAAUGGCAGGAGUGUCCUUACAAUAACAGUCGCAGACGCUCUGCUGGCAUGGUAUCCCACCGAAGUUGCAUCUACCGGUUCGAUGUUAGCCGAGAACAUGGGCUUAGUGUGUUUACCUACAAUUCCAUGGCCAGACACUGGAGUGAAGGUGUUAGUCUGCUACGCCCUGGACCAGGAUCACCAUCACCAAGCCUACCCUUCCGCUGUGCUGUGAUGGGAGGCGACAUCUACUGUGUAAACCGUGCUGGCACAUUACGGAUACCACUUCCCCCUGAGGGGACUGGAGGGGAGAUGGAAAUCUGUGAGCCUGAGCACUUCCCUUCACCAGAAGAAACUAAAGGAGUCCUCUUGCCGUUUAUGCUCACUUUGCCUGAAAGCAAACAAGUCCAUUAAAAAAAGUUCACAUCUGUAUCAUCAAUGCUUUCCAAGCAUACAGCAUUGAGAUAUUUUAAUAUUCCUAGUUAUAUUUUGGGUGCUCCAUUCAGCUUCCAAAUAAACACAGUAUCUAAUACAUGCAUGCCCCUCACUUUGCUGAGCAUGAAUAUGUAUUUCUUUCUUAGUCCCCAUACAUUUUGGGGAAUUUAGGGUGAUUUUAUUGUCAACAAAUCCCAGCGCACAGAUCCGUGUUGGUAUUAACAUGAAGCUUUUUACAAUCCAUGCAUGAUGUUACAUGUUUUGAAAGGAUCCAUACUGUUGGAGUCAAACUCUUUAGUAUCAAGUGGAAACUAGUACCAUGAUGCUCUUUUUAUUGAUGAGAAGAUGCUGCUAAACAUUGGAUGUGAACAUUCAAAACCAGCAUGACAUUAUGCUUUACCUAUUGUCAUUUAAUUGUUCAUUACGUAUAACCCAUUGGUAUUCAAUACACUGGUUCACCUGCAGCUUACAAUGUUUGUAAAUAUUUAAAAGUAAAGCUUAGGUUAAUCAACUACUAUGUGAACCGCAGUUUUCUGGGAUACUAUUAAAAAGUAAUCAGAGGCAAUCGGAGUGUAAAGUACAGUUUGAUCCCGUCAGGCUUUGCUAGGUGUGUUCAGAUGGAAUAUUAGAUUAGCAUGUAUAUUACUGCUAUCUAAUAGUCACCACACAUUUGCAUGUUUGAACAACAAUGGAGUUCGAUCUCAGCUGUAUUGCUUAAGUGUACACAUGUUUAAUAUGAGAAAUUCUGCAUUUUCUGUGUGUGUAAGAAUUUGUUUGGGAAAG